AUGGAUAAACCAAUAGCGAGCAUGAAAGAUCCUGAGAAAUUGCUGAAGGAGCACAAGAUAGACACUUUGGAUGUCGAUUGGUUGGUAGGAGCACGUAAUUUGGGGACGAACGAGCCUUCAGAGGUUGCGGCGUCUGUAAAAACGCCUUCUCACUCUCGUGAGGGAUCUGUGGAUAGUGAUGAUCCUCUAGCUGAGGUUCCUAGUCCUAAAGUUGUCCCUAAUUCGAGAGCUGAGAGGGAACAUAGGGCUCGCCGUAAUUCAGUGGCCGCCACUGUGUUCAAUAGUAGCAACCUUCGUGAUAAUGACAGAGGCUCGUCAGAUGUGGGCGAAGGAUCGGCAGAGUUGAGACGGACCAAGUCUCUGUCAUCCGCCAGUGGAGGCAGUGAUAGAUACAGAGGGAGAAGGAGAGGUUCAUCGGUAUCUGAGUCACGCAAUGGUAAUGGUGAAAAGAAAAUGGGAUUUUUUAAGAGCUUGUUCAGCAGGAGCAAGAAGUCGAAGAAUGAAUCCACAGCACAGGAGGUAGAUAAGGAUGAGAAACGAGUGUCCAGACCUUCCAGUCGGAGAUCAAGCACGGUUGGUGUUAUGAAGUCUGGUGGAUCGGCUCCGAAGAGUAGCGGUGAAGAAGAGGAUCAAGAAGAUGGAGCGCCACUGGCAAGAUCAAGAACAGAGUCUAUGGUUCAAGAUGGACAUCGUUUGCAGACAGAAAAUUUGGUGUCCAAUUUAGGUGAGCGUAGAGAAAGCAAUGGGAAUUUGAAAGAAAGACGCCAUUCUGAGGUGACUGACAGAGACCCACGUCUAAUGGAGUUUUUACAGUAUUAUAAAUCUAACGGCUACUCCGUCGCUUCAUUCAAAGAAAAAAGUCCAUUUGCUAGGAAGGGUCGCGAUGAUUCAACCAAAGCAGCUUCGUUCACAAUAGACGGUAAUUUAUCGGAAGACAAGAACAGUAAAUCAAAGUCCAAAAAGUACGAUGCAAGAGGGAGGCCUUUACCUUCGCAUCCCAAGAAAUCGAAACUGCCGCCAGCAUUGAAAGGCUGGUCGGAUAAAUCGUCGACUGAUUCAGCAUCUGACUCGGAUUCAGAUUCUUCUUCUAAUGCAACACCGUCAUCAUCUCAUAAGUUCGGCGCCUUCUUGAAAAAGGUUACCUCAUAUGGCGCAGGCGGUAGCUCCAGCUCCAACCAAACAAGGGAUGAGUUGUCCAGUGGUCGUCCAACUUCUUCAGAAGAUAAAAUGGUUGAGGAGUUUGAUCCCAUUAAUGCAAAGGUUGUGCCGGGUUUGGAAGAUGUAAGGACGUUGAAACACGUUUCCUUCGCAACCAACACAUAUUUCAAUGACCCACCUCAGCAGAUUUGCAGUAAGCAUCCUCGUCAAGGUGAGGUGGAAGUCAAGCCCAAUGGUGCUGUGGUAAUACACAGGCUGACACCAGAGGAGAGAAAGAAAAUACUGGAAUCAACUAGCUCCGGAGUUGUUGUUGGUGGUACAGGGCAGCUCAGAUUGUUGGCUGAAACUGGCGAUAUACAGAGUAGCGAUGUAAGGAAACAAGAACAAAUGGCUCCCAAACCUGCUAGUCCAACAGAUCUUUCAAAUGACGACGAUCAGAACUUGGACACUCAGAGAAGGAGCAUAAAACUGGCUGCAGCUGCAGCAGCGGCCGGUGCUAGGGCAAAAGGCGCUCCUGUUGAAUUAAGUCGGACGGCAACAAAUAAUGAAGAGGAUGUUGGUGUCAGCAAUAUGGCAAGUCGUGUCACAAUUGACAAACCGAUGAUCAGUAGAAGGGCUGCCAAUAUGAAUUCCCAAACCUCACUAAAUUCUGCAUUUUCUCAGGAAUCACUUCCGGAGGAGGAAAUACUUCCUCCCAAGAAUAUCAAAAUUCCACACGAUGUUGUUUACACCCGUUGCUGUCACUUAAGAGAAAUUCUGCCGAUUCCUGCCACAUUGAAGCAGCUGAAGAAGGGAUCGACAGACCCAAUUCCUCUCUUGCAGCUGAGGAAUCCAAGACCAUCUAUGGUGGAGGUUUGGUCGUUUAGUGACUUCCUUAGUAUUGCGCCUGUGCUAUGUCUUUCUCUUGAUGGUGUAACGCUCAGUGUCGAGAUGCUGAGGGUUAUUCUGGGCUCUCUGGUAUACAAAAAGAAUUUUGAGAAACUGUCCCUGAGGAAUACUCCUUUAGAUCAUGAAGGCUGGAGGUUCCUGUGUUGUUUCGUGUCUAGGGCGAAGUCCCUGACUGCCUUGGACGUAACUAUGGUACCAAUCAUUAAGACUAAUGUUCAAAAACCCUCAAAAUCCUCGCUUAAGAGUUCGGUUGUUAGAAUGGAGUGUGAUGUUGAAAGCCGUAAAGAUAUGAAUUGGAAUCUACUGGCAGCAUCUGUAGCUAAAAAAGGUGGUUUGGAAGAAGUCAUUAUAUCUGGUGCUCAAAUGCCCCUGGACCAGUUUGAGAACUUUAUAGAGGUCGCAUGUAUCGCGACUCAAAGACUGGGCCUAGCUUACAAUUGUUUGACUAAGGAGCAGUGUGACGUUUUGGGCAGAUGGAUUGUUCAAUCAAAGGUUACAGGCUUGGACAUUGGCUUUAAUGAUCUGAAGGGGAAACUCGCAGCAUUCAAUAAUGCAGUCUUGGACAAGAUCCAUAAUAAGGGUGAAAAGAACGUCUUCAAGUACAUUUCAAUGAAUUGUGCAGGCCUUGAGGUUGGACCCGAAGAUACGAGCGAAAAUAAUGAGGUGCUGAAACUAAUCAGCGUUCUUUGUUAUUGUGAGAAUCUGAAAUUCCUGGAUUUUUCGAACAAUCCCAAAAUGUUCCCACAUUGUAUGAGUACUUUGAUUGACUGCUUGCCGGUAUUUGUUAACUUAGUCCGUUUGCAUUUGGAUUACGAUUCCCUUUCAUCUACGGAGAUUGUUAUGCUUGCAGAAGCAUUACCUCUGUGCUCUAGACUAAAUUACCUAUCUCUGCUAGGAACCCAGUUCGAUCUGGCCUCCUGUAAAUCGUUAGCUGAGGCAGUUAGGAAAAGUCCUUCCUUGAUAACUCUGGACAUUGACUACACUAAUAUGCCUCCGAAUAUCAAGGAAAAGAUCUCAUUGUAUACUAUGAGAAAUGUGGAAAGUGAACUGGACAAAGUUAAAGCCAACAACACCGAUAACUCUACUGAUGAUAAAGACAAUUUAUCCAGCUUGCAGGAUGAGUUAUCUGUAUUACUAACGGAUAAGUUCAAAGAUAAGAAGGCCUACGAUAAACUUGUGGAAAAGUAUAUUGAGAAAGUAACAAUUGCUAGGAAGAAAAUCAAGAAAGUUGUGAAGGAUCUCUUUGACACACGAGUUAUGGGACAAUUAAGCACCGAAGGUAAAGAAACCUUGAUAAGAUUGUGUUUCAUCGAUGCAAGUUUUGAGAAAGGCAUAAGGUUGUUAAAAGAAAGACAUCAGGUCAAUAGCGCACAAUCUGCGGAGAAUGCGGUGCCGCAUCCAACCGCAGGUAUAGCUGAAGCCCAGAAGUUUGUCAAAGAUAGGUAUCUGAGUGAUGGCCUUCCAGCUAAUACACUUUUCUCUUCCUCAGCAUUUGCACAGAGUGGUCAUUCGGCAUUACUUCCUUUUGGCAAGGCAGAUGUUGAAGAAUUUAACCCCCAUGCAGAUGAUACGGUCGAACUUCGUGAUGAGGACGAGGAAUCUUCAAAGAGAGUCUCUUCCCAGAUCCGUGAAGAAGGUGAUGUCUUUAAAAAAGCAGACAGCAUUAGAAAGGAUUUGGAAACAUCUCAUAGCGACGGUGCGAAACAAAUCGAUAGAGUUUUACUGGGUCGCGCUGCCGAAUCCAUGGACAUUGAUCAGAUCAAGAAUCUACUCCUAAAGACGGACGUUACAACCGUGGUCGAUGUGAUCGAUGAACUGCAUAAUCAAGGUUAUCAUUUACAUGACAUUUUCAAGAAGCAUGACGAAGCACAUGAAAAGCUGGCCGCAUUAUCCCCACAGCCCUCCCCACAGCCCACAGAAAGUGACAUUUCUGUCGAUAAGAAGGUGCCCAAGCCAUCUGAAGAUUUCAUAUCAGCGAAGAACCAACAAUCUCAUAAGGACGAAACUAAGGCAAUUGAUGCAGCUUACGACCAAGUUCUAGAUAACAUCGAAAGAGAUAGGAAGCACGAAUGA